AUGACUGAGUCCAAGACCACCCACCAGGAAUGUCCAACUCUCCUGGGCGAGGCCCUUGUCCUGCUCGGUCACCUGGGUCAUCUUGCUGGACACCUGACCCGUUCAUUCAAUAUGUGUCCCGAGUACCUGCCGCAUGUCGAGAACAAACCAGGCCGGGUCCUUGGCCCUCUGAGGCACAGCCCGAGGUGUGUAGCUCUACCGAGAGCCGACUGUGUGCUCAGCCGGCAUACGCCGUUCCCCUGCACGUGGCCUCUUGCCACCAUCGCCACUGCCACCUCGCUGGACAUCCCAGCCACGGAGGUGUCGCAGCCACAGGGUGAGGUGACCGUAGCUGCCACUGGGGAGCUAAGUGUGACGGAGGAGACGCCCCUCGACCCUCUGCUGCCACCCAGCUCUCUGACCAACUCACCAGGGCCCGCUGCUGCCAUAGGUGCCACAGCCCUGAAAGAACCUCAAGUCCUUUCAAAGACCCCUGAGUUCUGCUCAGUGACGCUGGCCACGGCUCACAGCAUUGAGGUGGACGGGUCCCCAGGCCCCCAUCAUCUGCUGCCACCCCCACCUGGCACCCACUGCUUCACCUCUGUGCCCCCAGCCUCUGCCACCAGCUACCAUCACCUGGGGGCACCCCGCCGCCCUCGGGGCCCCACUGUCCUCCGGAGUCGUGCUGAGCAGAGCACUCGGCCUCCCCACCUCCGGACCGCCACAGAGCUGGGGGCGGCUCCGCUCCGGUCCGCACUGGCGGCGGGCCGGGUCGCCCCGGGGAGUCGCGCGGGGCGGGGCGAGGGCGGCGUCGGCAGGUGCCCUGGGCGGGAGCACCGACCCCCAGACCAAAAAGCCGAGGGAGGAGCGCGCGCGCCGGGCGCCGAGGCCAAGUCGGGUUUAGGCGCGCGCGCGGCUUCGCGUCCCGUGUCUGGCCAGGGGACAGUGUCCCUGACUGAGCUGGUUUGCGACCCCGGCCCGCGGGAUCCGCCGCGGACCCCCAGGAGUAGCUGCGCCGCCUCCUGCCCGGGAGCGUUUGGGGCGCACCGAAGCCGAGCCGCUUCCGCGCCAUGCCGGGGGGCCAAAUCGCCCUGGAGGGGCUGUCCCCCACCGAAGCCUCCACAGCCCAGGGAUGAAACCCGGCUCCGAGCCUCCAGCCGCCCGGCUGUCGCCCUGCAGGCAGUUGGUUUAAUUGUGCAGCUGGAGUCUGAGCCCGGAAACAGCCGGGAAGCCCCUUUCUGA